AUCCUUUGCUGCGACAGGUCAUUUUUCACAAACAGGAUGUGUUAAUAAACCUCUUGAAAGCAGUCCUCCGUCAUGAUCUUGCAUCCAUCCUUGUAUAUGAUACUAAACCCUUCAGAGAGAGAUUCAGCCGACCGGGGUUUGAAUUUGCAAAACGGGAUGUGCUUAAAAGUGGUAUUUUGAGCACAACAUUGCUUGAAUGUUUGUGGGAGAAGUAUGACCUAGGGAUACCAGGAUUUUUAGCAAUGCAGAAAUUACUAAAGGACUUUGAGGUGUGCUAUGUGGUUAAAGGCGAGGAAGAAGAUAUGUUUCAUUUCCCAUGGAUCUUGGAAGAAGGUCGCCCAAAAGAUCUUUCCUCCAAAUGGCAGACUACACCCCUUCCCCGAGAUGCAUUGCAAAUUUCCACCGAGGUCCAUUUUGCCGGCCCCUGUCCAAUAGGGCUGUAUGAAACGGCUGCUGUACAUCUCCAUGAACACUUGAAAAACUUCAAAUCAACACGUAUAGACUGGAAAGAUGGUUUCUAUGCUCAGCUUGAUGAUAAUCUCCGAAUGACGCUUGAAAGGGAAUGUGUAGGAAACCCAGCCAAUGGAAAAGUAAGGCUUUCCAUGCGUGGGGACAAUCUUCACCAACUCAAAGAGUCUUACCUUAAGUUAUUCAAGGACUUGACACAGUUGAUAGAAAGAGAAUGCCCUGGUGCAACUCGAGUUGAAUAUGUGGUGUGUCCACAUUGUUUACAUAAUGAGGAAACAUCUCCAUCACUUUUUGAAAUACCAGAGCAAUUUCUUAAUGUUUCACUGGAAGAUAAGGCAUGUUAUCACCCUUGCCCAGAGGAAGAUCCAAGUUACAUGGCUUCGGCGGAUUUCUAUUAUCCUGUGACGAAGGGUGCCAUGACCGAUCUCCACAGUACAACUCUGAGGAUACACGGCGUACAAAUGUAUAAAGACAUCAGUGGUCCAUCCCAGCCCCUCAAGGAGAUUAUGAGCCGACUUGUGAAGGAAAAUGUACUCACAAAGAAAGACCGGAGAUCCAUUCUAGAGCCAGAUGGAACAAUCAAUCUUUUCAGCAUCCUUGAAGGAAAGAGGGACUCUGCGUUCUACAUCUUCUGUGGAGCCUUACAUGACAGUGGGAAACAUGAAACUGCCAGUCUUCUGAUGUUAUCGGAUUUGGCAUUGGGCCUUGGGGAAGAUGGCCUCAGAGAAGCGCUGACAACUUUGUUGCACAAGAGUGUACUAACACAGGAGGAGGUGAACUAUGUGCUUUAUAAAUCACGGCAACAGCUUUCUCGUAAGGUGGGAGCUCUUCUUAAAAAAUUGAGCGAUAAAGUUUGCUGUUUACGGAAUGAGUCCUUUUCUAAUUUUAAGAAAGUUGUUUAUGAGAUUGAAAGGAAACAGCGACUGGAAAAGAUGUACCCAUCAAAUUCACCUGAGCGUGAUAAGCUUGAAUUGCUUCAAAAGCUCGACAGAGACCCAAAAUAUGCUGAUCCAGAUUCAGAAGAAAAAGAGAUAUGGAAAAGCCUUAAUCUACAAAGAAUUGGAACCAGAAUCCCACAGAGUAUAUCUCGCUGUGUCAACAUUGAAAGACUUGAUAUAUCCGGUAAUGGAACCCUAGACAAGGCUACAUGGGAGGCCAUGCACACACUAAGAGUUCUAGAAGAGUUAAAAGCAUCUGAGUGUGGAGUAAAUGCAGCCUCUUUGAAAAUCGAUCAUUUGAAAAGCCUAAAAAAAUUAGAACUGUCCAAGAACCACUUGAAUCAAUUACCAUUAUCAAUAUUUACGCUUGAAAGACUGAUAGAGCUUGACCUUAGCCAUAACAACAUCACCACCAUUCCACCAGAGGUGCAACGACUAAAGAAUCUGAAGAAAUUAAACAUGUCCCACAACAGUUUGGAAGAAAUCCAGACACCAGUAUGUGAGCUGGAGACAUUAGAAGAGCUCAACCUGAGUCAUAACAAAAUUGCCACAGUUCCACCAGAGAUGAAACAACUGAGGAGUUUGAAAGAAAUUAACCUAUCCAACAACAAGCUGAACGAAUUCCCGAUCACUUUAUUUGAGCUGGAAACACUAAAAUCUGUUUGGAUGGAUCAUAACUACAUAACCAAAUUCCCGGUCUUGACUAAAACCAGCAAAAUAAGCUUUCUUAGUCUAAAUUCCAACAAUAUUAUUGAUAUUUCUGAGAAAAUAGCUGAUAUGAUGAUGAACCUCGUUACUCUUGACUUAGGUAACAACAAAUUGAAGAGAUUGCCCGUGCAAAUGCAACUCCUGUCAUCUCUACGUGAACUUCACCUGACAGGCAACAAAUUAAUUCAGCCGCCACAAGAUGUAGCAAACGAGGGCAAGGAGCCUGUGUUUCGAUAUCUUGAAGAUCUAGCAAAAAGUUUGGAACAGGAAGCAUCGAUCCUCCAGGUCCAGGUGCUAGGAGAAACUUGUGCAGGGAAGACAAGUCUGGUGGGAACACUCACAACGGGAAGGCCCUACCUGACCCUUGAAGCAGACAGUACGCAUGUCCUGCAGCAAAAAACAUGGCGGCCCCAACAGGACGUUUUCUUGAAUAUCAAGGAGGAUAUCUUCUUGAAUAUCAAUGACUUUGGCGGUCAUUCAGUCUACAAAGAUGCAUACAUUUUCUUUCUGACCAAUGAAUCUUUGACGUUGGUUGUAUUCAAUAUCUGCUUGAACGUAGCAAAUGACUACCACAGUGCUAUAGGAACAUGGAUUGACAAUAUCUAUUGCCGAUCACCAGAAUCAAGAAUUUUACUAGUAGGAACUCAUGCAGACCGCCUUAAUGAUGACGAAAGACAGAUUAAGAAGAAAGACAUCAUGAAAGCAUGUGAAGCACAGUUGGAAGGCAGACUAUCCAGCUUAAAUGCAGCCUAUGCCAACUUGAAUGUACAAUUGAAGAAACGGGAAACUCUUACAGAAACAUACCACAAAAAGAUGGAUCACAUAAGAAAAUCAAUCGAACACCCACCAAGGAUUUGUAGAAAUAUUUAUGACAUUAGUUCUGAAUCAGGGUAUGGAAUUAAGGAUCUUAAAGAAAAAUUGAUCCAGGAAGGAAAGAAAAAAACUAUUAUACUACCAAGGUCAUGGCUGAAAAUUGUACAUCACAUUGAAGAGACUAAACACAGUGGGACAGAAUCUGCCUUGUUCAUGACUUCUCUUAAGGAAAUGAAUGACGAACAUGAACCCGCCCCUCAAGUUGGCAACAUUGAAGAGGUUUCAACUAGCAGUGGAGCAGAAUCGGUCGAGACAUAUCAUAAGGAUAUGAACAAAGAUCAAGGAUCUUCUCCAAAAGUUGCCAAACUUGAAGAAGCGUCAACUAGCAAUGGAAAAGAACAUGCUUUGUUUAUGACUUCACUUCAGGAAAGGGACAAAGAGUACGAACCUCCGACUAAAGUUGCCAGAAUUGAAGAGGCUGAAGAGGCGCCGACUGGCAGGGGUAGGUACCCAGCCGCAGAGAGUCAGAUAAUGAAAGAUGUCAUGUCUUUUCUACAUGAAACUGGUGUGGUUUGGUGGUUCAAAGAUGAGACGUCGUUGCAACAUGUUGUAUUUCACAAACAGGACAAAGUCAUAAAUUUGUUGAAGAUAGUACUCUGUCGCAACCUAGAAUCAAUCCUAGAACACUAUACAACGCCAUUCAGUGAGAAGUUCACCAAACUUGGGUUUGAAUCUGCAAAACAGGAUGCUCAAAAACGAGGUAUCUUGAGCACAACAUUGCUUGAAUGUUUUUGGGAGGAAUAUAAUCAAGGACCAGAGAUAUUUUCUGCAAUGCUGAAAUUACUGGAGAUCUUUCAGAUUUGCUAUGCUGUCAGAGGUAAGGACACGCAAGAAGAAAGGUUUCAUCUCCCAUGGCUUCUGAAAAAAGAUCGCCCAAAAGUUCUCUCUCCAAAAUGGCAGAUGCCCCUUUCCCGAGAUACAUUACAAAUUUCCAUAGAGAUCCGUUUUGCAGGUCCCUGCCCAACUGGACUGUAUGAAAUGGCCGCCGUCCAUUUUCAUGGACAUUUGGGAAACUUCAAAUCAACGCGUGUAGACUGGAAAAAUGGUUUCUAUGCUCAGCUUGGUGAUUGCCUCCGAAUGACACUUGAAAGAGAAUGUGCAGGAAAUUCAGAAAACGGAAUACUUAGGCUUUCCAUGCAAGGGAACAACAUUCACCAACUCCAAGAGUCUUGUCUAAAUGUGUUUAUGGCUUUGACUCAGCUGAUAGAGAGAGAAUGCCCUGGUGCAUCCCGAGAUGAAUAUUUAGUCUGUCCGCAUUGUAUGCAUGAAGAGAUAACACCUCCAUCACUUUUUGAAUUACCAGAUCAAUUUCUCAGUGUCUCGUUGGAAGAUAAGGCAUGUUAUCACCCAUGCCGAGUGGAAGAGCUAGGUGUUAUGGCCUCAGCAGAUUUCUAUUAUCCUGUGACAAAGGGAAACAUAACCGAUCUUCACAGUACGACCCUAAGAAUACACGGCGUACAAAUGUUUAAAGACAUCAGAGGUCCAUUCAGGCACCUCUGGGAGAUACUGAGUCGACUUGUGAAAGAAGGGAUACUCACAGAGGAAGAGAGGAGUUCUAUUGGAGAACCAGACGAACUUUUCAGCAUCCUUAAAAGAAAAAGGGACUCUGCGUUUUACAUCUUCUGUGGAGCUUUACAUGACAGUGGACAUCAUGAAACUGCAAGUCUCCUGAGGUUAUCAGAUUUGGCAGCGGACCUCGGAGAAGAUGGUCUGAAAUCAGUACUGGAAAUUUUAAUGUCUGAGUGUGUCCUAACAGAGGAAGAAGUGAACUCCGUGCAUCACGAAUCAGGGGGACAAGUUUCGCAGGAGGUAGAAUUACUUCUUCAAAAGUUGAGUGACAAAGUACCCUAUUUAUGGGAUGACCCUUUUUCUAAAUUCAAGAAAGCUGUAUAUAAGACUGAAAGGAAAAAGCGGUCAGGUUCAAGAGUGAGUUAGGACACAGAGGUGCUGUACAGCAGAGAACAUUGUCUAGAGGACACGUGAUAACCAAAUGUGACAGAUGCCAUUUCUGACAGUUUAAGGUACAAUUUGAGAUAAACUUUAAUUAGAUUCAAUUUGAAUCCUUUUUACCCAAUUACAGUACCCAAUAGAAUCUGUGGUGCCAAAUUUUCUACCAAAAUGCUUAUUAAGAAACUUUCCAAAUUGGCAUAGUGUGCGUAUGUGGAGAAAGGUUUAAAAGUGACAACCAUAAAAUCAGCGGGAAAAAUGGGCAAUUUGGUGGUAUAGAGAUUGACUGGGACAGGGCAAUGUUUACGAAUGUAUCAAUGCGAAUAAUGACUGUGCAUAAAAACACUGGGACAAUGGUGUAAUAUUUGAGAUGCUGUGACAGCAGAUUCCUGUAUAUUCAACCUCCAGAGUUGUAUAUUUAAUAUUUAGUUCCACAUAGCUGGUUUGUAGAAUAUUUGAACAAGUUCAUACAAAUGUUGUCAAUUUGAAAUUUUAGCUAAUAGUGAUUUCUGCAUUAUCAUUUUGGUUCAUGGUGUUUUUAGAUGUUAUGAAUAUUUUAAGAAAAUCAACCCAAAUUCAUAGUUUGCAUCUAAU